AACCAAGAAAUGUUUUACAAAGGGAAAGGCCAGUGUCCAGGCGAACGCCAGAGGGCGCUCUAUGUUAUCAAUGUGUUUUUCAUUCAGCCAAUUAGCAUAAAGCUCCAACGUAGGUCGCCAUUCUCUGUCCAAUCGCAGGCGUUGUUGUUCGGAGGUCGUUUAUUGACAGUGGGGAGAAGGUGACUCUUCUUCGACGAGCGGAGAACCACCUCGGGUAAAAAACGCAAACAUAUAAACCGAAAAGGAACAGCGGGUGGUCGAAAAACCGACCAUGUCUUCUUUCGGGAGGGCGCUGGGAGUCCUCCGGACCGGCACCCGGCUCCUCGGACGCGGUCCACAAAGGAUAACGACCCGAAAGGCUGGCGGUGGUCCGCACAUCGAGCCGCAGUACAGGCAAUACCCCCAGGUGACGAAGAACCAGAAGUUCCAGGCGGAGUUCAUCAGUGGAGCCAUGUGGUUUUGGAUCCUGUGGCACUGUUGGCAUGACCCCGACGCGGUCCUUGGUCACUUCCCCUGGCCCGAUGCUUCCGCGUGGACAGAUGAGGAGCUUGGAAUCCCACCAGACGAAGAGACAUAAGGUCAGGAGAGAUUCAUGCUGCUGUGCAAGUCUUUGUGGAAAUCUUCAGAUUACUCUUAAAGUCACUGUUGUACAUAAACUAAUAAAAUCAUCUUUAAGUUAAA